AUGAGCGCUGCUCCGUCCUUCAUGGUGAUGCAGCGGCCUCUCGGAAGCUCCUCCGCCUUCAGCAUCGACUCUCUGAUCGGGGGUCCUCCUCAGCCCGGUCCGGCCCACUAUGUGUACACCGGCUACCCGAUGUUCAUGCCGUACCGGUCCGUGGUUCUGCCUCCUCCUCCUCCUCCUCCUCCUCCUCCUCCUGCUGCUCCUCCGGGCCUCUCCUCCGGACACCACCCGUUCUGCCCCGGCCUGGCCCUGACCUCCACCCUGACCUCCACCCUGAUGGCGUCUCUGCCCGGAGGCUUCUCCCCGCAGCACCACGACGCGGCCCGAAAGUUCUGCUCCCAGGUUCUGCUGCCGGAGGACGGGAAGAGCUUCCUCACGCACGACCCGGAGCCCAGCACAGGCAGAGCUCCCAGUAAGGAGGACUCUAAGGAGGAGGAGAGCUUCUCCCUGGACAGCGACCUGGACUACAGCUCCGACGACAACCUCACCUCCACCUGCACCUCCACCUCCACCUCCACCUCCACCGGACACAAGGAGGACGAGCAGGGCCGGAGGAAGGCCGCAGGAGGAGGAGCAGGAGGAGGAGCAGGAGGAGGAGGAGGAGGAGGGAAGAACCGCAGGAGGAGGACGGCCUUCACCAGCGAGCAGCUGCUGGAGCUGGAGAAGGAGUUCCACUGUAAGAAGUACCUCUCCCUCACGGAGCGCUCCCAGAUCGCUCACGCGCUGAAGCUCAGCGAGGUCCAGGUGAAGAUCUGGUUCCAGAACCGGAGGGCCAAGUGGAAGCGGGUCAAGGCCGGGAACGUCAACAACAAGUCCGGGGAGCCGUCCCGGAACCCCAAGAUAGUGGUGCCCAUCCCGGUGCACGUCAGCCGGUUCGCCAUCAGGAGUCAGCACCAGCAGAUGGAGCAGGCCCGACCGUAG